UUCUUUCAUUCGGAAUACUCGGAAUUCUUCUCUCAUUUUGAAAAGUUAUUAGAAGAAAAUGUCAACAACAUUUAGUUAUUCAUAGGAUUUUCUUGAUAUAUUUGACAAUUUAUGAUGGCAGAGAGCGAUACAAAGUUUAUUAAAUGUGUAGUGGUUGGUGAUGGAGCCGUGGGAAAGACUUGUAUGUUAAUGAGUUAUGCUACGAACAAGUUUCCAACGGACUAUGUACCAACUGUGUUUGAUAAUUAUGCAGUGACAGUUACCGUUAAAGGACAACAAUAUCAACUAGGAUUGUUUGACACAGCCGGCCAGGAAGAGUACCAAGGUCUCAGGCUACUGUCCUAUCCAGGUACACAUGUUUUCUUAAUGGCAUUUUCUAUUACAAUGCCAGAGUCUAUGAAAAACUUGGAACAAAAAUGGAUACCGGAAGUACGUCAUCAGUCACCGUCUUCAGCAUAUUUAAUCGUAGGAACUCAGUGCGACCUUAGAGACGAUGAAAAAGUCAAACAAAAAUUACAAAAACGUAGACAAAAACCUGUUACCCUUGAAGAAGGACAAAAAUUAGCAAAACGUGUGAACGCAGACUGUUAUGUUGAAUGUUCGUCAUUAACAAGACAAGGACUAAAAGACGUUUUUGAUGAGGCACUCAUAGCAGUGUUGGACCCUAAAGUUAAAAGGAAAUCUGGAAGAAGGAAAGUGAGAUGUGUUAUAUUAUAAAUAUAGUUCAUUAACUCAUUUCUUCAAAUUUAAUUCAUUCACCUUACUCAAGUGUUACAGGGUUUAAGUGAAGAUUAGUGCCUGCUAUAGUUCAAGUAAAAAGACCGAAGUGCGUUUUCCGGCUUAAAUUUGGUAUAUACUUAAUUCACAUUUACAUGUACAAUAGUGAAACUUACAUUUAUAUUCUGUGAAUGUUCUUGGAAAAUAGUUUUUAAUGUAUUUGUUUAUAUAAAGGCCAUAGCAUUUUAUUGUAUGUAUUAAGUCUGUGCAAUACAAAACCUAGCAUUUGUUGUUUGGGGGAAAUAAGAGGUUGCACAUGUUUUUGCAUCUGACACCACCUGAUAUUUGUUUACUUUUUUUUUUUUUUACAAGAAAUAGCUUUAGUCAGAUUUUGUUGUUAAAACAGAUAAACUAACAUUAACUGAUAAAAUGAUGGGUUGUAUGAAAUAGUAGAUAUAUUACACGAGAAAUAUUAAAAUAUUUGCUGCUGAACAUUCAUCCUUUAAAUACUAUCAGGUGAAUUAUUAUUGAUGUUUAUAGCUUUCAUGUUUGUGCCUUCUUAUAUCUCCUAUAUUCUUAAUGAAAUCAAAAGUUUGUACUUAUUUCUAUCUUAUCAAGUUAGUCUAAGAGCUAAUAUUUAGCCAUCGUUGCAUAUAUGUAUUACUUUUGUUGCUACAUGAACAACUGAAAACUCCAUCUUUGAAAUAUGACUGAAGAGCAUGACUAUAUUUUAAGGUUCGAUUUGUGAAAUGUUUUCGAUUUACUGUUAAUGCUUUUUCCUAUAAAACAUGACAGGAAAGACGAAUUGUGUGAAGGUUGGUUUAACAUACGAAAUUCAGUAUGUGAUCUUUUAUGCAUAUUGACUAAGACAGAUACGUAACUGUUAGAUCUGAUAUCAUAUUGACAUAUUUGUCAUAAUAUAUAAGAUCUUCUAUUAAACCGGUGCUUUUGACAGUGUUGUUAAUAAUAUUUACGAUUGUAAUGGUUAUUCUUAUGAAUUUUAUUAUUUUGGGGGAAUAUUAUACAAAUAUUGCUACUUCAGCUGAUUUGUUGAUAUUUCGGUAUUGUUCACCACAAGAACAAUGUAAUUCUAUCAAAUGGUAAGAUAUGAAAAGUAGAUGAUCUAGAGGAAUUACCUUCUUUCAGAUCAUCUACUUUUCACAGUUUUCCUCCGACAUCUGAAAACGAGCGCUUGUCAAGAAGAUUGGAUAUAGAACCUUACAACAAACCUUUGACCAAUCUUAUUCAAAAUUUAAGACAGCCAUGUUGCAAACAGACCCCGAUCAUUUAGCAAAGCCCAAUUAUAACUCAUGAGUUAAGAUAUCACUGUAACAAACUGACUCCAAUGCGUUAGCAUAGCAACAUUCUAACCCAGACUUAGAAAUCUUUGUACCUUUAGCAAUUGAACAGUUUUAUGUUGGUAUUUUAACUAUUGUUUUUAGAAUUUCAAUGUUAAUUUGACAAUAUACUUUGACCCGGUUCUACAGGUCUUUUACUUCUUGCAUUUAUGAUGAACACAUUUAAAUAGCAUGUAAUGCUGAUGUUUUCACAAUUUUAGAAUUUGGCCUGAUAUGACAAUUAAUGAUUUCCUGUGACUUGACACACAGUAUUUAUGAUUAUAAGUAUAUUCAUGAUCAUGAUGGUUAUGUUAACGAAUAUAACUUGCAGUUGUGAAAUAUGGAGAAUUUAUAUUCUUGCUAUUUACCACGUUCAAAAUUAUGAAGAAACCAAGGUCAAUCGAAAAAUAAUGACAUUUUGAUGCACGCUGCUUCACCCUGCUUCAUCUACCUUGACUUAGAACAACACCUAAAAAACCUCCGACGUGUGACUGUCCCCACUAGCCUUACAAUUACAGCCCCUCUGGUCGUGUUAUAACUGGGGAUCUAAACAUAAAUCAACAUGAAAAUCUCCGAAAGGUGAUUUUGUUGUUAAACAAAUACAUUUAGUAUUGCCCUUCCAAGAUGUACGCAACAAUUGCUUUACAAUAUUUGAUAGACAGGGUACAUUGUGCAACCAACUUGACACAUAGAUAGCAAAAAGUAUAUAAUCUGUUGUAUGUUGACUCAUGACAGAUAAAGAACAAUCAGGUCUGAUAUCGGUGAUCCUAGUGAACAUUUUCUUCAAGAGACAUUUAUCACUAGUUAAUAUUUACCAUAGUUAUAUAUGGCCUUACUUGCCAGAUUAUCUUUUUUGUUCUUCCGCAUAUAUAUUUUACAUAAUGAAAGACGAUUUAAAAUAACUUUUUUGAAGUGAUUACAAAAAUCAAAAUAAGAUAUAUCACUGCUAUAUAUAAGUAUUAUAAAAUUAGAUGAAGAUUUCUCACGAUGCACAUUGAUAACAUCCUUCUUAAGAGUUCUAAUCCAUAAUUUUAUUUUACCUAGUUAUAUUAGAACAAACAAGAAGGCAAUGUUGUCUUACAUUUGUAUUUCAGGGCGUUUUUCUUAGUUUUCAGGGGCGGAUCCAGUCAUUUGAUAAAGGGGAGCUAGGGGUCCAACCACAUGUCCCCAUUCAAAUGCAUUGAUCGUCCAAAAAAGGGGGGUUCCAACUACCGGACCCCCCCUAGGUCCGUCACUGGUUUUAUAUACUCUUUAGUAAAUGCAGUUAUAGUUAAAAAUUAAGUUCAACCGACAACGUGCCCAGAGUAUUUUUCAGAGUUAAUUGACAGACUAUGGUUUAAACUAAAAAUUCAGAUGACAAGAACAAUAUGAUAUUUAAAUAUUUAAGUAACACAGGAAGUUUCAUAACUUUUGGUUUAUUUUUUUGUUUUAACUUUUUAGGUUUAAAAAAAAAACAUUAACGCGGAAAUGAACUUAUUUAGUAAUAGAUUAUAGUGGAUUAUUGCAUUGAUAUAAUUGAAUUUUGAUGCUAUAUUGAAGGAGCUAAUGUUUUAUUUACGCACUAAAAUGAAAAUUCUUUCCUUUUUUAAAUUCUCAAAAUUCUUGAAAUAGUAAGUUAAAUGUAAUAACAGUUUCCUGGUUUGACCAUAGUUCCCUAGUAAAGAUAUAAAACGUAAUCCUUUUAGGGAAAUAUAAUGAAAUUAUCAGUUAUAUGUUAUUUAAGUGUUUUUUUUUAAAGAUAACAAAUAUUCAUGCAAUAAACCAUCGAUUGUAAACCAUACUUAAAUCUACAUAUUCUCAUUCAUUAUUCCCCUAAACAUGCAUAAAAUAUUUGCCACUGGACUGUUAAUCAAACAAUAUGAAUCUAUCACCCAUGACCUGAUUUGUUUUUAAGAAGUCACAUAACUUUAUGAUAUCUCACAAUUAUCUUUUGAUAAACUGUUUAUGGAAUAAUAUAAAUGGUACCAAAACAAGGAAAUAUGAAGAAGUUAUAUUAUUAUAAUCAGUAAUCCAGCAUUUGUUAAUAAAUAUUGCAGCUGAAAAAUACAGUUUAUGUCACAUACAUGUAGGGUACUUUGCUUGCUGAUGAACCAUUUUUAGUUUGUUUGUAAACCAAUUUUAGAUAUUUAUGUUUUUAAGAAAUGUUCCACUAAUUGUUAAUUUUUGCAUAUUUUAUAAAGAAUAAAACUAUUUCUUUAUUA